AUGCAUGGUGUGGAUCACGGUGCGGAAAAGUUCAUCUUACGGAUAAGAUCAUGGCAAGCAUUUCAAUAUGCUGUUGAGCAAGGUGAUGUACAAGAAAUCGAAAAAUUAAUAAUAAAUGGAGCGGAUGUUAAUAUCAAAAAUCGUGAUGGUUGGACACCUUUAUUACUUGCAUCUCACUACGGCAAAGAGCGAAUUGUGGAUUUUUUGCUGAAAAAUGGGGCCAAUGUCAACAGUCAACAUAAUGAAAGAAUGAUACCUUUGAUAUUGGCUUCGGAAAAUGGUCAUACUAAUGUAGUUGAACUGUUAAUAAGAAAUGGUGCAGAUGUAAGCAUUAGAGACAAGGAGGGAUUUACACCAAUAGCUAUCGCUGCUCAGGAAG